AAUCAUAAAUUGUUGGAAGCUAGCACAAAAAUCUUACAUUCAAUUUUCACAUUUUGGAUAAUCACUUUUACAACGGGAUCCUGUAUUGCACAAACCAAACGCAACUGAAUUAAAGCGACAGAUUAGAGAGUAAAUCCGAAGAAAAGACUAACAAUUCUUUCUGGGUAAAGUAGAGAGUGGAUCAGAUCCAAUCCAACCUAAGGAGUUCGGAGAGAGAAAGAUUGGGAAAAAGAUGGAGAAGAUGAGCCAUGCGUUUGAGAAGAUGAAAAUGCUGGUGGGGAUGGAGGGGGAAGAUUACCACCAACAGCCUGCAAUAGAAGACGGAAACUCAUUCUCUUUUAUGGACGACUUCAAUAGCCAUUGCACUUUGACCACCAAACAGAGGUUUUAUGGGUUUGCAAUAUGCUUUGUUGCUGGGUUAACUUGUACACUCCUGUCAAUCCUUGUUUUCUUCCAUCCAAUAAAGUUUGGAAUCACAUUUACAUUUGGCAAUUUGCUUUCACUUGGAAGCACAGCAUUCCUCAUUGGCCCAAAAAGGCAGGUGUCAAUGAUGUUUGAUCCUGUUCGUAUAUAUGCAACAGCUAUAUACCUUGCAAGUAUGAUUAUAGCUCUGUUUUGUGCUUUCUAUGUUCAUAACAAACUAUUGACACUUUUGGCCAUCAUUUUAGAAUUCGGUGCACUAAUUUGGUAUACCUUGAGCUACAUCCCUUUCGCCAGGUCCAUGGUUUCAAAGAUCAUGCUUUCAUGUUUUGACACUGAAUUUUAAUCUGAUUUCCGAGAUGAUCUUGGAUGAAUCUGCUCUUGGACUUUCCUGUAUAUACAAAGAGGGGAGGUUAGUCCAUAUCCAUAAAACUGAAACAUGAGAUAUGAGAUAUGACUAGGUAUGACUAGUAAAUCUCAAAGACGAAUUUUCCUUGCAAAAUCCCUUCUGCUGCUCUUGAUUUUCUUAGAUAUGAGAAGAGAUGUUGCUCUGAUUAUUGAAAUGAGAACUCGGGUUGAGUAACUUUUUUUGGGUUUGUCAUUUAUGUAAUUUUAAGCAAUUUAGAGUGAUGCAGAUUAUUCUCUCUGGUUUGAAGGAGAAGGUAAGGCACUGAUUUGUUAACCUAUGCUGAUCACCUGUCCAAUUUUAUUUCCAACUAUAGCUCCUAAUCGAAAAUUGCUAUUACUAGCAGGAGCGCAGAUUAUAAAUUUGGAUCUGAAUUUAACUUGAAAGGUUUUUUUAAAUCCUUUCAAGCAUCCAUGCCGUGGAAUUGGAAGGUACUAACCACUAACAGCUAGCGACUGUAGUAAUUGUGGUGACAACUACUGACCUUAGAGUAGCUGCGAAAUGAUAUUCUUUAUUGCUC